AUGGCACAAUCAGAAGGGGCUUUCUUCAAAACCUGGGAUGAGAAAAUCCGUCCUCUGAUAGACGUUAUAGACGAGCUUCGUUUCACCGGCAUCCACCAGGACCUUGCUCUGCCCUCGAUAGCCGUGAUCGGGGACCAGAGCUCAGGGAAGAGCUCCGUGCUGGAGGCCCUGUCAGGAGUGGCCCUGCCCAGGGGAAGUGGUAUGGUCACUCGAUGUCCAUUGGAACUGAGGCUGAAGAAGAUAAAGGCAGGAGAGAAAUGGAGAGCAAGAAUCUCUUAUAAUGACAAGAUAAUUGAUUUUGAAGAUCCUUCUGUGGUGGAACACCUUGUUGUGGAAGCCCAGAAUGACUUGGCUGGAGAGGGCUGUGGCAUGUCCCACACUCUGAUCAGCCUGGAGAUCCUGUCUCCUGACGUGUGUGACCUCACUCUCAUUGAUCUACCUGGGAUCAUUAGGGUGCCAUUGCCGGACCAACCAAGAGACAUCGCAAGCCAGGUGAACGACCUCAUACUGCGCUUCAUUGAGAAGACUGAAACGAUCAAUCUGGUGGUGGUCCCAUGUAAUGUUGACAUAGCAACCACAGAAGCCCUCCAAAUGGCCAAGAGGGUGGACCCAGAGGGAAAGAGGACCUUAGCCAUCCUGACGAAGCCAGACCUGGUGGAUCGCGGAACUGAGAGGAAUGUUUUAGCCAUCGCUUUAAACCAGGUCAUCCCACUCAGCAAGGGAUACAUCAUGGUGAAAUGCAGAGGCCAACAGCAAAUCAUCGACAGAAUAUCCCUUGCUGACGCCGUCAAGACAGAGAGGGACUUUUUUAGGAAUAGCAUGUUCUUUGGGCGUCUUCUUGAUGAAGGACGGGCCACGACUCAGUGCCUUGCUGCUGAACUAACACGGGAGCUGGCAAACCAUAUCAAAGAUUCUCUUCCCAGACUGUUUGAGCAGGUGAAGAUCCAGCUGGGUGAGAAUAAGAAGAUGCUAGGUCAGUUCAGCAAAGGGCCUCCUCGAGACCCCCAGGAGAAGAAGGAGUUCUUCAUUCAAAUAAUAUCUCAAUUUACAAAUCAGAUCCAGCGCCUUGUAUCAGGAGAAGCUAUUAAUGGACAAAAUUUGUACAAAACUCUCCGGUGCCAAUUUGACAACUUUAAAGACUUACUUGAUGCAAGUAAAGAAUCAUUUGGUAAAGAAGUGAAAGAGGUGGUGGUUGAGUAUGACGAGAAGCACAGGGGGCGUGAGCUGCCGGCCUUUAGCGAGUACAGGGUCUUCAGGUCGACCGUCCAGGAGCUGGUGACCAGGCUGAGGGCACCUGCACUGACAACCCUCUACGACGUCAAAGAAAUUGUGCAAGCGCAGUUGCUUGGCAUCUCAGCGACGUGCUUCUCAAACUACCCUUUCCUCCGACGCUUUGCAUUGAGGAAAAUAGAGGAGAUCCAGACCAAACAAGAGGCCAUUGCGGAGCAGCGGAUCUACGAGCAGUUCAAGAUGGAGGCGCUGGUCUACACCCAGGACGGCAUCAUCCAGGAGAAGAUAAAGGAGAAGAUAAAUGAGAAAAUAAAGGAAAUAAAGGCUCUGGAAAACAACUGGGCCGAGGUGGACUGCAGGAAGAACUACCCUAUGAUUCUAGAGGCAUAUUAUACGGACAGCAUCAUCAAGGAGAAAAUAAAGGAAAUAGAGGAUCUGGAAAAAAACUGGACCGAGAUGGACUGCAGGAAGAACUACCCUAUGAUUCUAGAGGCAUAUUAUACGACUGUGAUCCAGCGGCUGGCGGACCAGGUGCCCAUGCUGGUGCAGCACUUCCUGCUGCAGGAGUGCGAGCGUCUGCUGUGUGGGGAGAUGUUGGGCCUCAUGGAGCCCCAGAAGCUGGACGAGUGGCUGGACGAGAAUACGGAGAGCAGCCACCAACGCAACGAGCUGCUCAACCGCCAGGAGAGACUCGUCUUCGCACACGAGAAGCUCAGCUACUUCUGCUGAGGGACACUUCUCUUUCUCUCUCUCUGUCUGUGUCUCACACCACUCCUCUCUCUCUCUCUGUCUCAUCUCUUUGUUUCUCUUCAUCCCCGAAAAGAUCAGCUACCUCUGCUGAGCAACACAUCUCUCCCCCUCUCUCUGUCUGUCUCUCUCACCACUCCUCUCUCUCUCUCUCUCUCUCUCUCUCUCUCUCUCUCUCUCUCUCUCUCUCUCUCUCUCUCUGCCACAUCUCUCCGUUCCUCUCUCUGAGAGCAGCCACAGACGUAAUGAACCACCAGGAGAGGCUCGUCUCCGCACUGUGGAAUGGCCUCCCACGUGUGAUUGGGGAUGCUGGCUCUGUGGACAAUUUUAAGGCCAGGCUGAAAACAUUUAUGCUUUCUAAUUAUUAUAGUUAGCCAAUUAUAUUUUCAUUUUCAACAGAAAUUUUAAUCAUUUUUGAU